ACCAUUCACAUUCAUCGGACUUUGACCCGAAUGUUCGAAUGUGUACGGUGGUGGUGUUUGGCUACUAGAGGUGCUAGGAUGAGGCUCUUGUUCGCCAGCGCAGACUAGGUUAGGGAGUCUUAUGUGGUGACAGAGAAACGGACAACUGACUUUGUAUACCAUUGCUUGAUCAUAACCUAGAGCAGGAAUGGAACGGGACCGGAUGAUUACGCCGCCAUUCUACAGGGGUGUGAUAGCCCUUUCUAUGGUGUGCCCAGAACCCACCCGCUAAAAGCAUCGAUGACCAAGAUGUUCCUAUGUAAACCUGGAUUGUGACUUCGUCCAGGAAUACCAUGCAUCUGUGCCUCUGCGUGGACGACAUUCUGCGACUCGUAUUUCGAUGCAUCGAAGAUCGCUCGACGUUGUGUGCAUUAGCCAGGAUAUGCCGCACCUUCAAGGAACCAGCUGUAGAUUUGAUUUGGGAGACUUUGACCGCUGUGGAACCUAUCUUGCAAGCGUCUCCCUUCUGCGAGUGGGCGACCGACGGCAGUACCUGGUACUAUCACGUCCACUCAGUGACGAUGACUGGAACAUCAUCCGGCGACUCUCAAGCCGUGUUCGCAGAUUGAUUGUGUUCUUACUAUGCAC